UCUACGAAGUAGUUCUCUUUACUUCUUCAAGGUUAAUAGAAGCUUCAUCUCCGCGUGAGUUUGUGCUUAGAAGUGGACCUCCGAAGGUGAUGGUUCUGACUGUUGGUUCUGGGAGUUGGAGACAUAUUGGGGACUCUCUGUUAUGUGCAAUUUUGACCAUCAGUCAGGAAUUUAUCUUAAUGGAUGUCUUCAUUGGAUAGGUCUACCCACUCAGGGUACUCGUUUUAUAUAUGUGUUUGACAUUGAAAGUGAGUGCUUCCAACAUAUACAUCUACCUCCUUUUACUUUGGAUAACGAGAUAACUAAAUGUAACCUUGGAGUUGUGAACGGGUGCCUCUCUAUAACUGUUCCUUCAAGUUAUAAUUUCACUGUUUGGGUGAUGAAGGAUCAUGGUGUUAAGGAGCCUUGGACUAAAGAGCUUGACAUUAAAGUGGAUUUGCAUUUAGGGUGUGGUUCUUCUACUCAAGUUUUGAAUUCUUAAAGGAACGGCAAGUCUUGUUGUUACAGAACAGGUUGCAGGCUCAUAUUCCUGGAAGAAGAGGCUUUGUGGGGGUUGAGGUUGAUGGGAUACCAUCUUCGAUUGACGCUUCAUAUCUCUACGUUCCAAGCUUCGUUUCACUUAAAGAUGUCUUUGGGGGUAAUAACUCAAAGGAGAAAAGAGGACCCAAGAAGGCACAAACAACACAUAAUGACAAAGAAGAAGCAGAGCAAUUGCACGGCAUUGAUAAGACACCCUACCUUCUGCAAUUGCCAAACCACGUAAUAGUUGACAUCCACUGUAAAAUCCCAAUCAAGACACUCAUCAAAUGCAGGCGAGUAUGCAAGUCUUGGCGAUCUUUGUUCUCAGAUCCUCGAUUCACCAAAGACCUAUUUGCCAGAACACCCGCUUGCCAUUUGGUGAUAGCUUCGUGUAGGUACUUCUUGCUCGACUUCAACGAUGCUUCGAGCCCAAACGGUGUGGCAGCACUGAAAACGACAUUUCAUAGAAGCAGCGAAGACAUUGUGGGAUCAUGUAAUGGCUUCCUCUGCUUGUACAAGAAGGAGCUAAAUCGUCACGGAUUUUACAUAUCCAAUCCCAUUACAUGUGAGUCUUUACCUGUUCCAAAACCUAUCAAGCAAGAUGAUCCUCCUCCCAUUUCUUGUGGGCCUUCUGCUGAUGCCAUCACUAAUAACAUAUUGGCUUUUCUAGAAUCCACUCGUCCAAAGUCUGUUAAGGAAAUUGUGUAUCAAUCUUGUUGUGCAUUUGGGUUUGGGUUUGGGUUUAGUCACAUCAGUGGUGUCUACAAAGUAGUUCUCUUUACUUCUUCAAGGUUAAUAGAAGCUUCAUCUCCGCGUGAGUUUGUGCUUAGAAGUGGACCUCCGAAGGUGAUGGUUCUGACUGUUGGCUCUGCGAGUUGGAGACAUAUUGGGGACUCUGUUAUGUGCAAUUUUGACCAUCAGUCAGGAAUUUAUCUUAAUGGGAUGUCUUCAUUGGAUAGGUCUACCCACUCAGGGUUCUCAUUUUAUAUAUGCGUUUGACAUUGAAAGUGAGUGUUUCCAACAGAUACAUCUACCUCCUUUUAUUUUGGAUAACAAGAUAACUAAAUGUAACCUUGGAGUUGUGAACGGGUGCCUCUCUAUAACUGUUCCUUCAAGUUAUAAUUUCACAGUUUGGGUGAUGAAGGAUCAUGGUGUUAAGAAGCCUUGGACUAAAGAGCUUGAUAUUAAAGUGGAUUUGCAUUUAGGGUGUGGUUCUUCAACUCAAGUUCUGAAAUCUUCAAAGGAACGGAAAGCCUUGUUGUUACAGAAUAGGUUGCAGGCUCAUAUUCCUGGAAGAGGGGGCUUUAUGGGGGUUGGGGUUGAUGGGAUACCAUCUUUGAUUGACGCAUCAUAUCUCUAUGUUCCAAGCUUUGUUUCACUUAAAGAUGUCUUUGGGGGUCAAAACUUGAAGUCUGGUAGAUCUGAAGAAUCGAGUGUUAGAGAAGCUGGUGAGUUGCAACAACCUGCACCGAAUGAGACAAAGCCCAGAAGGACAUGCAAUUUAAAAGACCAAUCUGUCAUAAGUCAAAGAGGGCCAGGUAAUGUGAAAGCUAAUGCAGCGGAUUAUGGGAAUGCUGAAGCAGCCCAGCGGAAUCUUCUAUAUAAAGCUAAUGGAUUAGAUCAAGGGAAUGUGCAAUCUAAAGCUGCAGUAGUUGAACACAAACAACAGGACAUGAAACCACCGAAGAAGGCAAAAACCACAGAUAGGGUUCAACCAAUAGAAGCCUCUGCCUCCCAAAUGGUGCCGAUAUCACCAUCAUUAUCCCAGUCAACACAGCCAUCUGUUUCGCUGCCAUUAACUGGAAAUCAGUUCAUUCAUCCCACAACUGUUCUAAAGAUGAAGACCAAGCCCCCUUCAAAGAGCAAGAGAGCUCCAGAAAAGAAGUAACUGUGACUAUACUAUGGCUUUUUUGGUUACAAUCAGUUUUCUGAAAGCUUUGGACUUUCCUUUGGUACAGUUUGUAACUGAUCAGUUGUUUUAGAAUGUGAUAACUGAUUCAAGUGUUUUGAAACUUUGCAACGGUACCAAUUGUUUUGGCACUUUAUCAUUUGAAAUUGAUCAGUGGGCAGUUGGCAUUUUGUUAUCUUGCAAGCUUGGGACUUGCUUAAAUUAUAAGUUACUUGAUCACCUUUGGUUUUG